UUUAUGCGAAGAUUCUGAAAAUUGGGUAAAAAAUUAAAACAAUAGCAAAGUCCUUUGAUAUUGUAAGGCAUAAGUUUAUUUACCAGCUCGAACAUGCAAUUUCCCCCAGUUCCCCCUGAAGUUAAAUCGAUUGCACAUUUUUUGAAAGUCGCUGAGGAACAUGAAGAAAGAAAUGUCGUUGUGGCUUAUUGGGCACGAAUGUUUGCAUGUCAGAGGGCAAUGCAGCUAGUACCUGGUAAGAAACCAGAUUCAGUAUCGAAGUUAUUGAUUGCUCUCAUGGACUGGAUGGAAAUGACUAAAAAGGCAAACUUGAAUAAUGAUGGUAUCACAAACGAUACAACUGCACAUGCCUUGAUAGAAGAAUAUGCUUUACAACUGUUUUCUUAUGGUGAUACACAAGACAGAGCUUCAAAUUUUAAUAAGAAUACCAUCAAAGCAUUUUAUACAGCAGGUAUUCUUAUGGAUAUUCUCGAACAGUUUGGUCCCCUUUCUGAAGAUAUUCAGGGUAAAAGAAAAUAUGCCAAAUGGAAGGCAGCUUACAUUCAUAACUGCCUUAAAGUGGGUGAUAUACCAAUACCUGGGGGGCCAGAUGAAAAUUUGGAUAAUGUUGUCCAUAGGGCUGAUUUAGAUAAGGAUGAUGAUAUAAAUACAGCACCUAGUGAUCCUUUUGCAGUUAAUCCUCCUCCAAGAAAUGAUGAAAAUCCUUUCUUUCCCACGGAGCCAUCUUCUUUGACACCGCAACCUUCUGUUGCACCUCCUACUCCUUCACCCUAUAUACCAGUUGUGAAUCCCACUACACCUCAACUGCCUAUGCCAGCAUCAAGUGAUCAUGCAGCUUUAUCACCGGAGAAGAUAAAGAAGGCCCAAAAAUUCUGUAAAUUUGCUGAAUCUGCCCUUGAUUAUGAGGAUUACAAAGCUGCUAUUGAAAAUUUGAAUAAAGCACUGCAUUUGAUUAAGACAGGAGAGGAACUUUGAAUUUCAUUAAUUAUCUUACAAAAUAGUUAUUAGAAAUGAAAGUUAAAAAAAUAACCCAUUAUUUUAUGUAUAUUUAAGGAGUAAAAUAUUCGUUUAUAAAUUUUGCUUAUAGUUAACAAUUAAAGCUAUAAAAAUACAGAAUA